AUGAGAGACUCAUCUUGCGUUUUCCUCCCAAUCCGCAGUCGCCUCUCCCUCCAAUCCCACCAUCGCCUCUCCCUCCUUCCCAGCCGCCGUCGCCGCUUCUUCCUAUCCCACCGUCGCCUCUCCCUCCUCCCCGCCGUCGCCUCGCCCUCCCUCCCCGCCGUCGCCUCUCCCUCCUCCCCGCCGUCGCCUCUCCUCCUCCCCGCCGUCGCCUCUCCCUCCUCCCCGCCGUCGCCUCUCCUCCUCCCCGCCGUCGCCUCUCCCUCCUCCCCGCCGUCGCCUCUCCCUCCUCCCCGCCGUCGUCUCUCCCUCCUCCCCGCCGUCGCCUCUCCCUCCUCCCCGCCGUCGCCUCUCUCUCCUCCCCGCCGUCGUCUCUCCCUCCUCCCCGCCGUCGCCUCUCCCUCCUCCCCGCCGUCGCCUCUCCCUCCUCCCCGCCGUCGCCUCUCCCUCCUCCCCGCCGUCGCCUCUCCCUCCUCCCCGCCGUCGUCUCUCCCUCCUCCCCGCCGUCGCCUCUCCCUCCUCCCUGCCGUCGCCUCUCCCUCCUCCCCGCCGUCGCCUCUCCCUCCUCCCCGCCGUCGCCUCUCCCUCCUCCCCGCCGUCGCCUCUCCCUCUUCCCCGCCGUCGCCUCUUCCUCCUCCCCGCCGUCUCGCGAGAGCGGGUUGGUGCGUUCCCGGUCCUUCCAUCCCCCCUCCAACCGCCCGCUGGAAUUUCCUUCAUUUUCUGCUCCCUUCGUAA